GGAAGACAAGACGUGGUAUAACGCCAAAGGACGCGCACAUCCGAUUCCCCAAAUUCUUUUAUUCCCUUCACUAAACUGUAGCAUUACCGGAGUGACGCCCCUGUUCAAUGCGCCACCACCAUCUUCUUCCUUUGUUAGGGUUCCUAGGGUUGUCAGACCUGUGCCUUUCAUUUUCCGAGACUUUCCGAGCUGGAUUACCUCUCCUUCAUCUGGCGCAUCUUCAUGCGCCGCUGGUUCAGCGGCUUCGUUGAUUAGCUUCCCAGCUUCACCGAUCCUACACUUUUGAAGAAAGUACUAUUCUUUUUGGCUUUCUCUACGGUUUUUCUUUUAGCACAGGGUUGAAUGAUCCUCUGUGGGUUGGCUCUGUCGUUUAAGGGUUUUGGGUUUGGAUGGCAUUGGGGGAUUUAAUGUCAUCUCGUUUUUCACAAUCUUUGGUGGUGGUGGUUCCGAACCACUCGGACGACUGUGUGUCGUCAACACAUGAAGAUAGCGAUUUGGGAUCGCACAAAAGGGAUUCUGAGGUUGCCAGCAGUAGUUAUGGCAAUGCUGCGGUCGCCGCCACCACCACAAGUAUGGCGUAUUUGCCCCAGACUGUUGUGUUAUGCGAGCUACGGCAUGAAGCCUUUGAGGCCUCUGUUCCCACCGGUCCCUCUGAAAGUGGGUUGGUUUCGAAAUGGCGAAUCAAGGACCGAAUGAAGACAGGACAUGUAGCUCUAGUAUUAUGUUUAAACAUUAGUGUUGAUCCACCUGAUGUAAUUAAGAUAUCUCCCUGUGCCCGAAUGGAGUGCUGGAUAGAUCCUUUUUCUAUGGCAACUCAAAAAGCAUUGGAAUCAAUUGGUAAAACUUUGAGCAGUCAAUAUGAAAGGUGGCAACCAAAGGCCCGCUAUAAGUGUCAACUUGAUCCCACAGUGGAUGAGGUCAAGAAGCUUUGCACUACAUGUCGGCGAUAUGCGAAAUCGGAAAGAGUGCUAUUUCAUUACAAUGGACAUGGUGUGCCAAAGCCUACUUCCAACGGUGAAAUUUGGGUCUUCAAUAAGAGUUACACACAGUAUAUCCCUUUACCGAUUAGUGACCUUGAUUCAUGGCUGAGGACCCCAUCAAUUUAUGUUUUUGACUGCUCUGCUGCUGGGAGGAUUGUCAAUAGUUUUAUUGAGCUUCAUGAAUGGAAUGCUUCUAGCUCUGCUGGGUCCACAAGGGAUUGUAUUCUGCUUGCAGCAUGUGAAGCACAUGAGACUUUGCCUCAAAGUGCUGAAUUCCCAGCUGACGUGUUUACUUCUUGUCUUACAACACCUAUCAAGAUGGCAUUGCGAUGGUUUUGCACUCGCUCAUUACUUCAUGAAUCACUUGAUUAUUCACUUAUAGACAAGAUCCCCGGCCGGCCAAAUGACCGAAAGACGCUUCUGGGUGAAUUGAAUUGGAUCUUCACUGCAGUGACCGAUACUAUCGCCUGGAAUGUUCUCCCUCAUGAUCUUUUCCAGAGAUUGUUCAGACAAGAUUUGCUUGUUGCUAGUCUUUUUCGAAACUUUCUACUUGCGGAGCGAAUUAUGCGAUCUGCGAAUUGCUCUCCUGUUUCUCACCCAAUUCUGCCGCCAACCCAUCAGCAUCAUAUGUGGGAUGCUUGGGACAUGGCUGCUGAACUCUGCCUUUCACAACUUCCUUCAUUAGUUGAGGAUCCUAACGCAGAAUUUCAGCCUAGUACAUUUUUCACUGAGCAGUUGACAGCAUUUGAGGUAUGGCUUGACCAUGGUUCCGAACACAAGAAACCACCAGAGCAAUUGCCUAUAGUUCUUCAGGUAUUGUUGAGUCAAUGCCAUCGAUUUCGAGCUCUAGCACUCCUGGGAAGGUUCCUUGAUAUGGGGCCAUGGGCUGUAGAUCUGGCAUUAUCCGUUGGAAUAUUUCCUUAUGUUCUAAAGUUGUUGCAAACAACAACACCAGAACUCCGUCGAAUUCUUGUAUUCAUAUGGACAAAGAUACUUGCCCUCGACAAGUCGUGUCAGGUUGAUUUAGUAAAGGAUGGAGGACAUAUCUAUUUUAUUAAGUUUCUUGAUAGCAUGGAAGCAUAUCCUGAGCAACGUGCAAUGGCUGCUUUUGUUUUGGCUGUGAUUGUGGAUGGGCAUAGACGGGGCCAAGAAGCUUGUAUAGAAGCUGGUCUAAUUCAUGUCUGCUUAAAUCACCUCCGGAGUUCGUCUCCCAAUGAUUCACAAAAUGAACCCCUGUUCCUACAGUGGCUUUGCCUCUGUCUGGGGAAACUUUGGGAAGACUUUACUGAGGCCCAAAUAAUAGGUUUGCAGGCAGAUGCGCCGUCUAUAUAUGCUUCUCUACUAUCUGAACCGCAGCCAGAGGUUAGGGCUUCUGCUGUGUUUGCACUGGGUAUCCUUCUUGAUGUGGGAUUUGACUCUUGUAAAGGUGUUGGGGGAGAUGAAGAAUGUGAUGAUGAUGAAAAAGUUAGGGUUGAGGUUACCAUAGUUAAAAGUCUUCUGAGAGUUGCUUCAGAUGGGAGUCCAUUGGUUAGGGCAGAGGUUGCAGUUGCUCUUGCACGCUUUGCCUUUGGGCACAACAAACACCUAAAGUCUGUUGCUGCUGCAUAUUGGAAACCCCAGACAAAUGCUUUAUUGAGCUCCUUACCGUCAUUGGCUCAUAUUAAGGGUUCAAGUCGUAAUUAUGCUAGCCAAAACCAACAUGUACCUCAUGGCAGUAUUGUUUCACCUCAGAUCGGUCCGAUUUUAAGGGUUGGAACUGACAAUUCUUCCGUGGUUCAAGAUGGACGGGUCUCUUCUAGCAGUCCUCUAGCAAAUUCUGGAAUUAUGCGUGGGUCACCUUUGUCUGAUGAUUCAUCUCAUCAUUCUGAUUCAGGAAUACUUGGUGAUGGUUUAAGCAAUGGGGUGGUUAACCACCCUGCACCAAAACCCCUAGACAAUGCAUUGUACUCACAAUGUGUAUUUGCUAUGUGCACUUUAGCUAAAGAUCCAUCUCCACGUAUUGCAAACCUCGGUCGUCGGGUGCUAUCCAUAAUAGGCAUUGAACAAGUAGUCGCAAAACCAUCGAAAUCUACUAAUGUUCAGACUGGUGAACCAACAACAUCUAGUUUUGCUGGGCUAGUUCGUUCAUCUUCAUGGUUUGAUAUGAAUGGAGGUCACUUGCCUCUAACUUUCAGAACUCCUCCAGUCAGUCCUCCUCGCCCAAGCUACUUAACUGGAAUGCGAAGAGUGUACUCUCUAGAGUUCAGGCCACACUUGAUAAAUUCUCCUGAUUCUGGUUUAGCGGAUCCACUUUUGGGUUCUGGUGGAAGCUCUGGGCCUUCAGAUCGUCGUAGUUUUCUUCCACAAUCAACUAUAUAUAAAUGGAGUUGUGGGCACUUCUCCAAGCCACUCUUAACUGCUGCAGAUGACAGUGAUGAAUUAUUGGCUAGAAGAGAAGAGAGAGAAAAUUUGGUAUUGGAGCACAUAUCAAAAUGCCAGCACUCUGCUGUCAGGAAGUUAACGAAUCCACUUGCCAAAUGGGAUAUAAAGGGUAUUCAAAAAACAUUACUACAGCCUUUCUCUCCAAUAGUAAUAGCUGCUGAUGAAAACGAACGGGUCAGAGUAUGGAAUUAUGAAGAAGCAGCGCUUCUGAAUAGUUUUGAUAAUCACGAUUUUCCUGACAAAGGAAUUUGUAAGCUCUGCCUAGUUAAUGAGCUUGACGACAGCUUGCUUCUGGCUGCUUCAUCUGAUGGAAAUAUUCGAAUUUGGAAAGAUUAUACUUUGAAGGGUAAACAAAAGCUUGUCACUGCUUUUUCCUCAAUCCAGGGUCAUAAGCCUGGUGUUCUGGGUCUGAAUGCUGUUGUUGAUUGGCAACAACAAAGUGGUUAUCUGUAUGCUUCAGGUGAGAUAUCGUCUGUUAUGCAUUGGGAUUUGGAUAAAGAGCAGCUCGUUAAUCCUAUACCUUCAUCAUCAGAGUGUAGCAUUUCAGCUUUGGCUGCAUCUCAAGUUCAUGGGGGACAAUUUGCAGCUGGAUUUGUUGAUGGUUCUGUAAGACUCUAUGAUGUCAGGACACCGGAAAUGGUUGUCUGUGAAUUACGGCCCCACACACAACGAGUAGAAAAGGUUGUGGGGAUCAGCUUUCAACCUGGACUAGAUCCAGGAAAGAUUGUCAGUGCUUCUCAGGCAGGGGAUAUACAAUUCCUUGAUAUCAGAAAUCAGACAGAUGCCUAUCUCACUAUUGAUGCUCACAGGGGCUCACUUACAGCUUUAGCAGUGCAUAGACAUGCUCCGAUUAUAGCCAGUGGUUCAGCCAAACAAAUCAUCAAAGUCUUUAGCCUGGAGGGUGACCAACUAGGCUGUAUUAGAUAUUAUCCAACCUAUGGCCAGAAAAUUGGUUCCGUCAGCUGUCUCAGUUUUCAUCCAUACCAAGUAUUGCUGGCCGCUGGUGAUGCAGAUGCUUGUGUUAGCAUCUAUGCUGAUGAGAACACCCAAGCAAGAUGAAUCAACAUAUCGCCCAUGAUAUCAUAUUUUUUGGUUCUCUCUUCUCUGCGUAGUUGCAACAAAGUACAAACAUGAUAUCAGGAGCACCAUACACACGGUUGAAUCAUCGUGCUAUGCUGCUGCACCCGUCAGCUGUGAAUACAUCUGGAAAUAUUGGGUAGGAUGCACUCUACUGAUCGUCUAUGGAAUUUAUUCAUUAGCCUCCGUGGGAGCCAGCUGCACUCGGUCCUGAAGAAAAAUCCUGAAUAUUGGUUGGAGGCUUUGGCAAAUAAUGUCAUUUUCUUUGUGUAAAUAUCCCCUAUUGUUUUGCCUUUCUGCUGUGUGAUGUUCGCACUCUUGCCCAUUGUGUAUAUUUAUUUAGGUGAAAUCAUAAGCUCGUGCCGCUGAUAGGUGUGAUUGUCUCCUGAAAUGUGGGGCUUAUCCACUCAUGAUUGUAAUUUAUGUUGAAUUCGAUUCUUGUUUCUGCUAACAUGUAAUUAAAUUUAAGCUUGUGUCUAUUUGCUUUUCUUCAA